AUGGAAUCUUCAUUAGAAGCAUAUCAGCCUCUUCCAGAAGAUAUAAAGAGAGGAACAAUUAGGAAAGUCUACUCAUUUGUUCCAUUAGACCCAGAUGAAGAAGAAGCUCUUGCCAAGUUUCGCGCUUAUGCUACUAAAAACGCAAUUCAGAUCCCUCCAGGGUAAUUUUUAUUCAGUGUUGAUGACCAGCAUAGGAUGGCUCUCAAAUUUAUGGAUUCUUCAAAAAGAAAGCCAAAAAAAGCUAUGAAAAUCAUGGACAAGUACCAAACUUGGCUUACAACAGAACUGCCUGUCCCUAUAAAUGAGGUCUCAACAAUGCUUGUAAAAUUUAUAUAGGAUCAAGGAUUUAUGUACCUUCUCGGAAGAGACAAAAAGUUUCACCCUAUCAUGGUUAUUAAUGUGAGAAAAAUGCUUAAUUUCAAUGUCGAUUUAAACACUGCUUUGAGGUUGAAUUACUUUUUAUUAACCUGGGCAAUUGAGCAUAUGAUGGUUCCAGGUAAGGUUGAGACCUGGGAUAUUAUCAUGGACUUGGCAGACGUAACAGCAUCACAACUGCCAAUUAACUUGCUGAAAAAUAUGAUGAGUAAACUAUCCAUAAACUUUAUGUGCAGAUUGGAAAAGUCAUUUGUAAUUAAUCUUCCAUCGACACUGAAUGCGCUUUAUAAGCUUCUAAAGCCUUUCAUUGACUCAGACACAAAAAAGAAAAUUAUUAUCCAAAAAGACGGAUGGGAGCCUUUGCUCAGAGGAGAUAUCAACGAAGAUGUGCUAGAAGUGAAAUACGGUGGGACAAGACCAAAUAUAGAUUCUGGAUACUUUCCUCCAGCAUUUUACUAG